AUGUUCCUCGGGGACCACAGGAUACCCACAGCCUUGACUCAACUUCUUCUGAUGGCAUAGCCCUUAGAUCACGAACAUCUGCAAGACGGCAGUUGCAACAUUUUCUUCGUUCUACUCGUUGUCAGGUAUAUUUAUACUAUAUACUCUUAGAUGCAAAUCAUCUAAGGGUAGGCACUGCUCGAAGUGCCAGAGGAAUUGGAGUGAAUAUUGAUGCUCCAGCCACAGGGGUACAGGUACCUGUAUGGUCCUGCACAUCUCUUCAUUCCAUAUCCAUAUCUUGAACAUCCACUACAAAUAAUGGGGCAGGUACUUGUUGUCUCUUUGGUGGUGGUGGAUACUAUGUUGGUCAUCACAGAACUAUUGCUGGACUUGGAGAUGAAUGGGUUUCCUUCAUCUAUACCAUUUGUUCUACACACACUUUCCCUCAGUGUCUUGGCUCUGUUUAUUGUGGAGAUAGGACUCAAGAUUUAUGCCUAUCGAUUUGAUUUCUUUACAUACAAGGGAGAUGUGUUUGAUGCCAUUGUGGUUAUUGUUGCCAUGUGCCUUGAUGGUGUUUACUUGCACUCACAUGAUGCUCACACUGGAGUUGGCCUCAUCAUAGUUUUGCGCUUGUGGAGGGUUGCUCAUAUACAAAAUGCAAUGGUGUUACAAGUGCAGAGAGCAGGAGAAAAGAGAUUACUGGAGGAACAGCAGAAUCGAUACCUUGCAGAGCAAGAAGUGGGAAGGUAUCGUACAUACAGCUAUGCCCAGGAUUUCUAUAUUAAAUCUCUUCAAGACCUAUUGAGAAGGAAUGGAAUUUCUUUUCAAGAGGACUGCAGACAUCCUGAUAUCAACAGAAUAAAGGUUGUAGCCGAGGUGAAUACAAAGCAAAGUGCUUAGGUGAUAGUUAUAGUUCUGAAGCUGUGGGGUUUACCAAGAUCAGCGAAUGGAUGGGAUUUGAAUCUGUGUUAGGCGAGUUCCAUCAUUUGUUUGCAAUUGUGUUAUUACAAUUUUGUGAGUUAAUUCAACCUGACAGUAGAAAACUCGGCUUAUUGCUACCAACUUAGUACAGGUGCCUUUAUGAUUGUAAUGUUAUUUAAAAUGUCCUGUGUAAACUUAAAAAGUAUUUUUUUAUUAAUGAAAGCAAGAAUAAAUGCAUAUGUAUUAUGUAAAUAUUUUAUAUUAAAUAGGAUGUAGAUAAAUUACAGUAUGAAAUAUGCAUUCUACUUAUGUAUUGUGUAUAAUGAAGCCAUUGUCCAUUUAGUAAGCUGCCAUUAAAUACAGGUACUAUUUUAUAUGUACUGUACCAGCACAUUAGGUCUGUUAAGAUCAAGUUUAACACUGCAUUAGUAGCAAUUUAUUAAGUCUAACAGUACAAGGUGUAUGGUGCUUCUCAUACAGAUAACCUCUAGAAAAUACUCAGUUAUUUA